AACGGACUCUCGUAACACUUCAGAGUAAUGACAGGUUAGAAAGUGAUGCACAAUGCUGGCAUUAGUUCUUGAUUUACGUUGCGGGGGUGGGAGGAAACCCUUAAGACUUUUUUAAGACUGUGAAAACCGAUAAUUUUAAGGCCGUCGACAUGGGUGUUGUAAAACAUUUCUGAGAAGUACAAAUGAUUUAUUUAAUUCUCAUACAUAUACGCACUCGGCAGUGUUUUGUACUACAAAUUUUUCAUAAAAAUAAAGCUACAUGGAAUCAUCGUCGAUCAUUGUCGAGUCAUCUGCAUUACGCAGUAAGAAGUAAUGAAUGUUUUGUGAUUUGUGUGACUGUAAUGUGUGGCACUCAUGAAGUACACGAAGAAGAUCGAUGUUUUAGUGACACUGAGAGAAUUCAAGCAUUAUAUAAGUGUUCCUGAGCACUGGAACAAUAGUGCAAAUAACUCAUGGAUAUGGAUGUGAGAUAGCUGUGCCCACUGUCCAUGGCUUCUCCACGAGGCAAGAGCAGUCAAGAACCCACCCGAACUCUGCCAGAACGUGUGGGUCAGUUGUAUUAUGCUCAUGGGCUGUUCUGUUCAAGUCAUCCUGUUCCAGUUAUCAGCUUUGCUGUGGCCAUAGUUCUGCUGUGCUGCUACCCACUUCUGAACCUGCCUUUGCCAGGGAAUGUCCCACAGCAACUGUCGGGAGACUUUGCAGUGCUGAGAGAGAACAGAUCAGAAAUUGGAGAUGCACAGUUGCCACGUUGGUUCAUGGGCCUGCCCCUGUGUUACGUGCUGCAGGUUGUGAUGAGAACCGCAGUGUCCCCUUGGACUGAAGACCUAGUUCUGACAGAUGCGUUUCGUGCUCCACUAGCAGAAGUGUUCAAACUGCUUGAGGUGAUUCGCAACUAUCAGCUGGAGAACAGCUCGAUGUCUCUGAGCCACAUGUGUCUACAUAUCGAAUCAGCAAAGGUGAAAUCUGACAAGAAAAUGGCACUGCCUGAGUACAACUGCCUUGCCCUGUCACCUGCCAACCUCUGGCAGCAGGACCAGGAGAAGUUUCAGGAGGACUCCAACCUGCUGGGAACCAUAUUCACCUAUGAGAACCUGCAGAAAGGGAAAAUCAGCUUGGCCGAGAUCUUGUUUGGCAUGCACAUGAAGGAUACUGGGAUUAAGCGCUACCCUUUGCGAACCCGACAACGAGUGCUUCAGUAUGCCAUCACACUUGUACUCCAGAAGCAUGAUCCCAGGUUUGUGGAUGGACUGAGGCAGAGGUUGGCUGCCCUGUAUCCGCUGCACCAGCCCCACAACUCGCAGUGGCCGAGCAGUGGUGACGUCGCUUCCAAUACAACAACCCUGCCCCCACAGGAAGUACUACACAUCUACUUUCCCGGCCAGUUCAACCUACGAGAGUUCGUGCCACUGACUGUCACUUACUUCAUUCUGUUCCUCUACAUGUACUUCUCUGUGCGUAAGAUCGAGCUCGUCAGGUCUAAAGUAGGUAUGGCGUUCAGUGCAGUGGUAACAGUGCUGGCAUCCCUUUCCAUGUCCGUCGGCCUCUGUUUCUUCUUUGGCUUGACUCUCACUUUGACAGGAAAGGAGAUCUUUCCAUACUUGGUUGUGAUUGUUGGACUGGAGAAUAUUCUAGUCCUAACCAAGUCUGUGGUGUCAACAGCUACGCACCUGGACGUGAAGAUCCGAGUAGCCCAAGGCUUGAGUCGUGAAGGAUGGAGCAUAACCAAGAACCUCCUGAUUGAAGUCACCAUUCUCACAGUGGGAUUGUUUACAUUUGUACCAGCCAUUCAGGAAUUCUGCAUCUUUGCUGUCGUUGGACUCUUGUCAGAUUACUUCCUUCAGAUGUUAUUCUUCUCCACUGUCCUUGCCAUUGAUAUCAGACGAAUGGAACUGUCAUCAGAAUCACAGCAUCACCGAAUUCCAUAUGGGCCAUUGCAGGUUGCUGCAUCUAGCCGGACUCCAUUACGCCAGUUCCAUUCUUCUGUUGCAGCUAGUGUUGCAGGACUUGACAAAACACGGGCGUGUGGCAUCAUGAGGUCAGUGUCUCACCCUGGACUGAAUGGAUUGAGCUUGUCAAGCUAUCCUACAGAUGUUGUUGCACCACUAAAUUCACCUCCUGCUGUUGCAAAAGUUCCAAAGCGUCUGCGAUUGGUUCACUUUUGGGCCAGUACAAGGAUAUUUCAACGAGCAUUCAUGGUGUGCAUGAUUGUAUGGAUAACAGUGAUCAUGUACAGUUCAGGUGUGUUAGAACAUGUGUUGCAGUUGACGACAGACGAGGGCAUUUCAGAGAGGGAUGAACUGAUUGGCUCUGUGCAAGGUGAACACCAAGAAACUGUGAGGCAGUACCAUGAUAUACAUACCAGAGCUCACCCACCACUGGACAGUGAGGAUCUGAAGACGCUGCACUCAGUGACAACUGAGGAAAGCAGGGCAGUCAGUCCUACUUUGGAUGUGGAACUAAGAAAGCCCAGAGGAGGUGCUGACGGUCCUGAGGUCACGGAGGGGAGCGAUGCCAUAGCAAAAUUGAAACACAUGGGCUAUGACCCAUGGAAGAGGCUGUCUCACUACCACUGGCCUGCCAUCCUGUCUCUGUACAACAUCUCGCUGUCGGGCCAUUACAUAAGCAUUCUCCCCCCCAUUCGCCUGUCCCACGCCGUGUCUUCAGCACGGGCCCAUGCUUUGCGCAACCCCGAUGAGAAGGCUGCACAACACUUCCAGUGGCAGACCCUUGCUGCUGCACUUGACCCUCUGGACUUUUCUGACGGUGGUGAGAGUGGGAAGGGCCCUGUAGUGGGCAUUAAAUCUAUGGGUGGUAGUGUCACCAACAGUGAGGUUCCAUUUGUGCCCUCAUCACCAAUGGAACUGUUCCUGACAGCAGUGCUGUGUGUGGUCAGCAUUGUUGUAGUGGCGUACACCAUGGUGAUGUUGUAUCGGUGUGUCUGCUCCCGUAAUUAUGCAGAGUGGCGUGCCAGUUGGGCAGGUGAUGGCGAGGGUGUUACUGCAGAUGGCACCACACAGGUUGUGAUGGAGGCUGUGCCCCUUGUCCUUGAUGGCCAUCCCCAAGAAGUGGAGUGCCUGGCAACAGAUGGCUGCGUGGUAGUGAGCUCCUGUCUUGGAGGACAGCUGCGUGUUUGGGACUCAGUCUCGGGAGAAGCACUUGCUGUUGUGAACAGGAGACAUUACUUCUUAGCGAAGCAGGGAGAUUCAGAUGUUUCUGAUCCUGGAGAAGUGCUCCUGUCUGGAUGUGAGUCAGGUUCUCCUCCUUCCUGUUGGGAGAAGAUGGGUAUGGUGGAUAAUUGCAACUCAUCCCCUCCUUUGCUUCAUCACACAUGUUCUCGGCGUAGGACUCUUGCAGACCUCCGUCCGACCAUCAACAUGAACUUCACUGGAAACAGACCCACUGACUAUGAUGCAUCAAACCCGUACAGACAUGUUCAUAGGAGUGGGUGUGAUUUCACCGUGAGCUGUGAGGAUUUGCAUGAUGUGCUCACACACCCCAUGGACUCUGACUCAGAUGAGGAUGGAAUCUGGAAUGUUACAACACUGAAACAGUCUAAGCCAAAUAAACCCACACCUCACCUGCAAUAUACUGUGCCCUUGCCAACAAAACAGUUUUCAGAAGAUCUGGUUUCUAAGAGUUGCCUUUGCCAAUGUCAGGGCCUUGUUGACAAAUGUGGAAUAACUCAGCAACGGAGGUUUAGCGGCCAUGUGGAGCAUUGUGAUGGGGGUACUCUGGGCUCAAAGUGCAGUGACAGUGUUGUGUUGUGUUAUAGUUCUCAUCAUGAGGACACUUGUCCCAGGAGGUGGAAAGAGACUGAAUUCUGUGACAUUGCUUGUGGUGGGAAUAGCAUUAGUUUGACCACUGGCCACUCUUUGCCAGUAAAUACAGACAGCCCAUCUCGGGCCAUUGACGUGGACAGAAGACAGUGUCAUGCAUUUUGCCAUAAAUCCCCACCCAAAGAAGCAGUAGAGAUCUGUGGGGAGAGGGGCCCAACUGUUGACAUUGUGCAACAGAGACCUCCGAUUUGGUGUCUUGACUGUCACGAGAAUCUCAUAGCAGUAGGCUGUGCUAAUGGCAGGCUGGAAUUCUGGGAGGGAACCACUGCAACAUUUAAGUGCCUAUUUCAAGAUGGGAGUGGGGUUGGAGUAACAGCCGUGAAGAUAAUUGGUAACCGGGUGGUGGCUGCAAAGCUCAGUGGUUCAGUUGAUUUUCUAGAGCUGAAGAGCUACAGUCAUGGCCGUCAGAUGGACUGGGGAUUCACCGCAUACCGGAGAACUCAUGUGAGGAGUGGAAGCACAGGAUCAAUUGUAGACUGGGACAGCAUAAUGUCCUGCAAGAGUAAUGAUGAAGAUCUGCGCUGCAUUCGACUGAAUACAACCAGGGCCCACCAGCAGCCAAUCACAGUGCUGGAUUCAGAAGGAGGCCGAGUCCUCACUGGCAGCAAAGAUCACACACUUAAGGUGUUCCGCUUGGAAGACCAGCUGCCACUGUACACCCUGCAUGGUCACUGUGGCCCCAUCACAUGCCUCUUCAUAGACCGCAUUUCACCCAUGAUGUCGGGCAGCGGUAGUCAGGAUGGGCUCCUCUGUGUGUGGGACCUUCUGACAGGGGCCUGUAUGUACAGUCUGCAGGCUCACGAUGGCAGCGUGACAGCCCUCACUUAUUCUGCCAGCUACGUGAUCAGUCUUGGCACAGAUGAACGUCUCUGUGUGUGGGAACGGUUCCAGGGACAUCUGCUGAACACAAUACAAGUGUCACAUACCUACUGCAGCAGUAUGGUUAUGUUCACUCACAACUUGCUCAUAACCAGCAAACAGGGUUCCCUGGUUGUGUGGGAUGUGAGGACGGGAGAUCCUGUGCGAGUUGUGAAGCUGGGACAUUGUGAUGGGAGUGUGUUUGUGAAGCAGAUCCUACUGUUGCGUGAUAGUGUUGCCUGCGACUACGGCAACCAGCUGCGUAUCGUGCACUUCCCUCUUGUUGUGACUGACAAAUGUGAAUGAACCUUAUAGAGUUGGUAAGAUGCAACAGUGGAGCAUGGCACAAUGCUUCAUUGCGCCAUCUGGAACACAGUGAGCCAUUAUCAUCUGGUCUGUGUUAGUGAUCUACAAACAAAAUCUAGGACUGCAGAGGAAAGGCAUGACAGCCAUUGGAAUGAUUAGGUCUUCUCCCUUUACAUUAUUUCCCCUGAGAAAGCUAGCAGUAAACAUGCCAGGAAGUAUUUGUGAUAAUAGGACUGACAAAAGGAGAUAAAGGUGUAGAGGUAAUUAAGAU